AUGUCUCAGGAGAAUGACACAUGGAAGAAAGAGGCCCUGGUGGAUGAGCUCGCUGCCAUGAGGCUGCAGAAGCUGGAGCAGCAGCGGCGGCUGUUUGAGAAGAAGCAGCGACGGAAGCGCCAAGAGCCACUCAUGGUUCAUGCCAACCCUGAUGCUUCUCUGCGGUCUCGGCGACCAUGGCGACGGGAGGAGCGCCUGGGAAGUGACAGCGGCCCUGGGAACCCUUUCCUCCUGGAAAACGUUCCAGAGGCACAUCUGCGCAAUGCCUUCAGCACUGUGAGCUGCGGUGGAGAUGGCAGUGGCGAGCGCCGUCCUCUAGAGUUCCCGACAGAAGCGGACAGUUCAGAUCCAGAUUUGGAGGAAGUCUCUGUGGAGAACGUUCCCGCCUCUCCCCCUCCUUAUAAAGAGCCUCCAGGGACUCUACGACGCAGAGGUUGGCCAGCCUGCCAACGACCUGGGGCCAGUGCUGAGGACGAGAGCGAAUUCCAGGAUGGCAGAGACCAAUACAGGGGUCACAGUCUGGGACCACCUGGAAUGGAGAGCGACUGGCAACUCAGAGACUUGACUUGCAAGGGCGAAGACCUGGAAGUGAAGAAAGAGGAGUUGGAGUUUGCGAUGAGGGACUCCCCAGCGGCGGCCAAGGAGGAGGUGCCCCAGUACCCGGAAGGCGAGGACGGCACGGGAAGCGGAGACGUGGGGAACACGCAUCGCUCGCCACUCCGUGCCCCCGGCCCUCGGCUGGGCGAGGACAUGAAGGCGUAUGUUCUGCGGCCGGCACUGCGGGGCCACGCAGUUCAAUGCCGCAUCAGCCGGGACAAGCGCGGCGUAGACAAGGGAAUGUUUCCCUUCUACUACCUGUACCUAGAGGCGGCAGAUGGCAGGAAGCACUUCCUUCUGGCUGGGCGUAAGAGAAAAAGGAGCAAAACCUCUAAUUACCUCAUCUCCCUGGACCCUACAGACCUGUCUCGGGAUGGGGACAACUUUGUGGGCAAAGUCAGAUCCAAUAUCUUGGGCACCAAAUUCACCAUCUUCGAUAACGGGGUAAACCCUGACCGGAAGAAUUUCGUCCCGGAGACAGCCCGGAUCAGGGAGGAGCUGGGGGCUGUGUGUUACGAGACCAAUGUCUUGGGAUUCCGGGGACCCCGGAAAAUGACUGUGAUCAUCCCAGGAUUCGACGCCCAGAACCGGAGAUUCAGGGUUCAGCCACAAAAUGAACAGGAGUCGCUACUGAGUCGCCUCCAGCGGGGAGCCAGCCAGGGGCUGAUCCUGCUGCAAAAUAAAGCCCCAUCGUGGAGCGACGAGAGCGGCGCCUACGUGCUCAAUUUCCACGGACGCGUCACUCGGGCCUCGGUCAAGAAUUUCCAGAUCGUGCAUCCGGAUGACCCGGACUACCUGGUGCUUCAGUUCGGUCGCGUGGCCCCAGACUCAUUCACCAUGGACUUCCGCUUCCCGCUUUGCCCGCUCCAAGCCUUCGCCAUCUGCUUGUCCAGCUUUGAUGGGAAGCUGGCAUGUGAGUAA